AGUUCCAAACUAAUAUUUCUUUUCAACUUCAAAAGUUUUGAAACUGGUGAUUGGUAUCUUGACUCGGUCGGUAAUUUUAAACCAGUUGAGUCAAAGAAAAAAAUACAAAACUAUAUAUAAUUAUAAAAACCUAUUUGAAUCCGAAGGCAUAUUUUGCUUGAUUUGCAUUCAAAUGUAUGCAUGUUUUGUGAUGUUUAAGAAAAUUGGGAAAGCCUUUGUUAGAAAGGUGUCGUGAAAUAGUCCAGUAGAUUCGUUUAAAAGAAUCGACUCAAUAUCAAACGAUUCUUUCAGUAAUCGGACGUCGCUAGCGGAAACAGCUGUAAGGUGAAAGCGUGUGCUACUUCUGGAGACUAGUGCACGACAGGAGUCCCUGAGUUGACUUUUUUUAAAGGAUGUCCUGCUCAGCUCUUGGUCGACGACUGGUUGCAUGCCUUUUAAACAUCUCUGAAGCCCGAAGAAAAGACUUGGUGGAGACAGUGGCCAGAUCUGCCAUCACUGACACACAGGGAGAAAAGCGGGAAGGUGUCACAGUGCUGAACAUCUUCAAUGAUUCUGACUACAACCGCUCCGUCAUCACUGUUGUUGCAAACAUUGAGCUCAUAAGGGAGGCUGUAUUGUCUGCUUGUGAGUGUGCAUGUUCUCUGAUUGACAUGAAUGUCCAUGAGGGCAUCCACCCAUGCAUGGGCGCAGUGGAUCUGGUGCCUCUCUAUCCACUGGGGGAAGAGGCUGUACUCCAGGAUUGUGGAGAAGAAGCCCAGGCAUUGGCCUUGGCUCUGACAGAACGAGUAGCAGGUACCAGUGCCUUUUUGUUUGGCUGGGCAGAUUCUCCUCAGCAUCGAGGUCUGGCACAGAGGAGGAAGGAGAUCGGCUGGUUCAGAAAGGUCUUGAAUGUGUCAGACAUCAAGCCAGAUAUUGGUUCUCAGCCCACAAGGAGAUACGGCAUUACAGGUGUUGGAGCGAGUCCCUACGUCAUGAACUGUAAUGUAACCAUUGAUACCCAGGAUCUGGCCCUGGGCCGUAGUGUGGCUUCAGCAAUCCGCGAAUCCAGUCCUGGUGGCAUCCCUGGAGUUCAGGUCAUGGCCUUGCCACAUGAAGGUGCUGUGGAGAUCGCUUGCAAUGUGGAGAGUGUUCAUGGUAGUCCUCCAUCUUUUUCAUCUCAUGGUGAGGAGCAGUGGCCGAACUUCAGCAUUGGAGGGCAAACCUUCUGCCAUGCUCCAGCCUCACUAAUCACUGCACGUGUAGCAGAACUGGUUAAACACCAUGGAGACUAUAAAGGUACAGCCCUGGUGGGAUUUACCCCACGUGAGUGCCGGAGACUGGCAGAAGGAGCCAUCUCUAAUGGCAUUGGAGAGUUCUGGAAAGAGCUGCGACGUGUGCACAUGUGAAGCAAAAAAAAAAACCUUUCAACACUGAUAAUGUGCAAAACAAUAGCACAUCAUCAUCGACUUAAGCUGAUAGAAAAAUAUUACUGACAUCAUUUAUUAUUAAUCAGGUGAUUGUGGAGCUUUUUACAGUAAAUGAAUGGCAUCAUUUACUCACCCAUGUG